GAAACAACGCCUCCUUGUUUCAUUCUUGAUUUCAACCCCUUUUCACCACUGAUAUUUCAUCAGUUUUAGCCACGGGAACAUCUUCACAGACAGUAUUUUCGGUUUGUGUGUUUGACUGGGUUCAGUGGGAGCGUGUUUGAGAGGGAGGAGGAGGAGGAGGAGAAGAAGAAGAAGUUCUCACCCACACCUACAUCGUCAUCUCAUUUCCUCCUCCUUUUACCCACUUCAUACGAAAACAUGGUGCAUAGGCAGGUGCGGAUUUGACUUGACUUUAUUCGCUGGUUUUCUGCUUCGCAGCUUCAUCAUGAGCCAAAUACAGUCUGUGGACUGAUUCAACAUCUGGUUUAUUUAUUUUUUUAUUAUUUUUAUAUAUUUUUUUUUAUUUUGGUCAAUCUGGAAAUUCCUUGGUUUCAGCACUCCUCUUCCUUUGGCGCUUUAGCUUAGCUUUAUCGCUGCAUCCCAGUUCUAACCGGCCCCCCUCCCCUAAAAAAACCAGGCCACAACGAUGCGGACUUUACUACAGCCUUGAUUUCUCGGGAGAAGAAAUAAACAACGUUUUCGCUUUGGUGAAGGAAAGGAGCUUUACAUAUUUUUUUUUAUGGACCUGACGGAUAGCUAGUAGCCGCUACUCAGAGCAAAGAAAAAUGCUGAAUACGAGGCGGCUGUUGCGGCUUUCCAACCGCUCCUUCUUGGCCUUCAUUUUUUUCUUCUCCAUGUCUACGACCUGCCUCUACUUCAUCUAUGUGGCCCCUGGAAUAGCCAACACAUACUUCUUCAUGGUGCAGGCUCAGGGUAUAAUGAUACGUGAUAACGUGCGGACAAUUGGCCAGAUAAUCAGAUCAUACACCAAUAAGAACAGCACUCUGAAUGGCACAGAUUAUCCAGAUGGGAACAACUCCAGCGAAUAUUUUGCUCAACCGACUACAUACCUCCCUGAGAAUUUCACCUAUGCCCAGAAUUUGCCCUGCCCGGAACGCUUACCUUCUAUGAAGGGCCCUAUAGAAGUAAAUAUGACUGAGGUUCCUAUAGAGGAGAUUGAAUUGCAGCUUAGAAAGCUUGGCAUUCAGUAUGGGGGACACUGGAAGCCCAAGGACUGCAGACCACGCUGGAAGGUGGCUGUUCUGAUCCCCUUUAGGAAUCGUCAUGAACAUCUACCCAUUCUGUUUCAGCACCUUGCUCCUAUGCUUCAAAGACAGCGCUUACAGUUUGCAUUUUAUGUAAUCGAGCAGGCAGGUACUCAGCCUUUUAACCGAGCCAUGCUGUUUAAUGUGGGCUUCAAGGAGGCAAUGAAGGAUCUGGAGUGGGACUGUGUGGUUUUUCAUGAUGUCGAUCAUAUCCCUGAAAAUGACCGGAAUUAUUACGGCUGUGGGCAGAUGCCUCGUCACUUUGCUACAAAACUUGAUAAGUACAUGUACAUUCUACCCUACAGUGAGUUCUUUGGAGGAGUGAGUGGACUUACAGUAGAGCAGUUUCGCAAGAUUAAUGGUUUUCCCAAUGCUUUCUGGGGCUGGGGAGGGGAGGAUGAUGACCUCUGGAACAGGGUGCACUUUGCUGGCUUUAAUGUGACCCGGCCUGAAGGAGAUAUUGGCAAAUACAAAUCAAUUCCUCAUCACCACCGAGGAGAAGUGCAGUUCCUGGGAAGGUACAAGCUGCUAAGGUAUUCUAAAGAAAGGCAAUAUUUGGAUGGCCUAAACAAUCUCCAGUAUUCUCCAGAAAUCUCUUUAAAUAGUCUGUAUAAGAACAUCACUGUUAACCUGAGCCCUGAGCUUGCCCCCAUAGUGGAGUACUGACACCCGUCUCUUCAUCCACUCCACCUGGCUAUCAGUACCUGAAGACGACCGACCCAGCAUCAUGGAGAAGAGCGCGGCCAGAACAUCGCAUCCGGCCACCAAGAAACCUUGAAACCAAUAGACAAAAGGUUAAAGGCCUGAAUACUACAAUGAUUGUGUGUGUGAAGUGUGUAUGUGAUGUCAUACCUAUGUUUCUGUGAGUGUGCGCGUCCCAAUGCAUGUCUCUAUGUUUAUGCGGCUUUAGCUACUCAAAUCACACCAUGCUACGGAGAGAGAAAAAGAAAAAAAAAUUGGGGCGUGUCGGUGUCAACAAUUCAAAUGUUUACUGCGAAGCCUUAACUGAUUUUCAUAGGCUGUUAUCACUCUGAGUGUCAGUUCUCAUCCAUGCCAACAAUGUAGACCGCUCAGUUUUACAACUCGACAGCAAACUAAAUGCCAAUAGAUAUUUUAUGGCACGUUUUGUAUCAUAUAGUAGAAUUUUAAGGCAUAUGACAAUUUAUGUAUGUACUGUAAACGGUCUUUUAUGGCCUUCCUUAUUUAUUAUGAUUUUUUUUUCUUUUUUCUUUUUCUUGAGAUGUACUUUCGAGCACUCCAGUGGCGUGUGUAAUGUGAGCGUCACAUUUUUUUCUGUUCUUUUGCGGGCUGUGAGUGCACGAAGGAUCACGACUGCUCACUCGAUCCUGUAAUGUCAUGCGUCAUUCCAGUGCACAUAUUCUUACUUUGGCAGCUAACUGGCUUUUCUUUAAACCCCCCCCCCAUCCCCCCCGACCCUUACCUUUCCUUACACAAACGGACGCUUCAGUUUUAAGGACUAAAGAGAAAUGGAAUUGGGAUGUGCGGUUUAUUGAGCAAAACACCAAUAUCAAUCAGCAUGCCUUACUACUUUUGCCAGAUAUUUUUUUUUUUUGUAUAUCAUUUAAUGUUUUUGUUUGUUUUUUUUUCAUUAUGUGCACUGCAACAAUGGAAGUGAAGAAAAUAUAUCUUCUUUUUUUUUAUAUAUAUAUAUAUAUAUAUAUAUAUAUAUAUAUAUAUAUAUAUAUAUAUAUAUAUAUGUAUAUAUAUAUAUAUAUAUAUAUAUAUAUAUAUAUAUAUAUAUAUAUAUAUAUAUAUAUAUAUAUAUAUAUAUAACGAGGGGAGAAAAAUGUUGCUGGUCAUUCACUCGAAGAAUUGCUGAGCAGUCAGGUACACAGCUGCUAAAUGCUAAAAUACUAUAAUAAUGGGGUGACUGAGAGUGUGUGUGAGACAGUGAGUGAGAAUGUGUGUGAAUAAUCCUCCAGCUGUGUAAAUGAAGUACCUUGCACUCGUCAUAAAAAUAAGUUGGGCCUGGAUGAGAGAGUGAUGCUAGUGUUACUCUUGAAUGGCAUAAGAAUAGAGUUUUAGGGCAAUGAAGACUUUAUGCUGUUAAAGUUUUGAGCUGUUUGGUUGGUUGUGCUUUUCUUUGUACAUGUUGAUUGCCUUUGUAUAUAUACAGCCUCAUGUUGAAGAUGAUGUAUCAUAAUUUUGUUUAUUUUGUGGUGUUUGUUGUUUGUCUUCAUUUCUUUUUUUUUUUUUUUGCUAGUGAUUCUUUUUUUUUUUUUUUUUUUUUAAAAUUUAUAUCUGUCUUAAAUAGAAAACUUUGUGUUGGUAUUUUUACACACCGUGUGUGUGUGUGUUUCCGUUUCCACUAAAGUCAUAUCAGCCGUGCUGUUUAUGGCACUAGCUUUUCUUUCCCCUCCUAGCGCCGAUCCUGAGGUGUUACUCUAAUCCUGCAGCUCACUGACGCAUGGGGUAUCUCCCUGUUUCACAGCUUGCACAGGGUCAUGUAGUGCACUCGGACCUUUCCAAGGUGUUCUUGUCGUGUGUUCAAGCAAAGGCCUUUUGUGCGUUUCUCCUCUCGGACCAGGCUGAGCCAUUUGCUCUGAAAAUAUUAGCGUGCUGAACCAUGCAUGUGUACUCUGUAGACCUAAAUUCUUCUUGUUUACAGAUUUCUUCUCUUAAACUUUCAAGCUGAAGUCUGUGUUUGAUCAGGCCUAGUUGCUAUGGUUAGAGGUUAAAUGAAUACAGUGGGGUAAGGAAUCUGAAGGUAUAGUUUUUAGCAGCCUUCAUGAAGUGAAGGUUAAUGCUACAGUGAAGGAGAUUAGAGGUGCCAAAUAUCCCAUUGUACCCUUGUGUUGAAACUUUUCCUUCACUUCCUUUCCUUCACUCUUAUUGCUUAAAGCUUCAUAUUUUCACCAGUGUUGUGGUCUUAGAAUUGAGGUUGAUCGAAACUUUAGGGAUUUCUGUCUGAGAGUGAUAUUAGCUUCUUAACAUAAAUAAAUAAAUAAAAAGAUUAGUUUUGCCCAAGUAAAAAAUAAACAUUACAACUUACUAAACAUGAAUCACUGAACCUAAACGCAUCAAAUUCAACCCAUAUUCAUUGUAAUGGAUAAACUCUCACCCCCUUAAGCAGUUGAGGUGGAGAACUCAGUUUCAUACAGGAAGAAAUGAACAUUUCAUUCUAAGAACAUUCUAAGGAAAAUAUUAUGACAUGUUCUAUGUGAUUGUCUGAUUUUGAGACAGUAUUGUGAGGUGGACGCUGGUCAGACAGUAAGCAACAGUAUUUCAGAUAAAUCCAGGAUAUCCUGCAUUCUCACGUUGCAACACAAUGUGCGCAGCACUUCCAUGAAAAUGUUCAUUUUCUCUCUUCAUUUUCAGUCCUUUCAUGCAUAAAUGUAGUAAACGUUUCACCUAGAGCACCAAAACUCAGUGUUAAAAGUAGGCACCUUUUAUCAAGGUGCUGGCAAUGUGCAGUGUGGAAAUCUUUUUAUUAAGUUACUAAGAAUCUUUAUAAAAUUCAUUACAGAUGAUUUAUGGAAUUCUUCAUGUAUUUAAAAAAAAAAAACAAACAAUCUAAAAAAGAUAAGGUUUCCCAACUCAGGAGGUGUUUAAUGCCUUCUGUCUCAGCCUUGUGUCUCCUGAUCUGGUUUUUGCUCGCAGUGUGUCGUGUCCAAAAUUGUAUUACUUGGAGUCUCUUCAGGGGCGAAUCUUUGAACCUGUGAUCCACUUUGAGUUAUUUCACCAAUAAAGUCGCACCCCAUGCCUUGCUUAUGUGUCUGAAACGAUAUUGAUUUUGGAAAUAUGUAUUCCAUCAUCACCAGUCGUUUCACAGAGUGUUACAUUUUAUUUUGCAGUAUUCAUAUUUGUGCCUUUCCUUUUUACACAUUCACAUUCAUGAUUGAGAGUUGCAGUGAGGUGGCUGUUUUUAGAAAUGAAAACGAUGUAGAGUGCCCAUUUUCUUUUUAUUUUUCACAAGUUUUUCAUUUUAAUCUGGAUUUUAAAUGUACGGUCUUCUAAAACAUCGUUAAAAAAAAAAAUGAAUAAAUCGGAGCAGAAAGCC